UCCAGUUGUGAAAUAGAUCUUUCUAAUUGUCGCUCAUUGUACUAACGUCUCAUCGGUUUGCGUAAUUUUUAAUUCAGAUUUUUUUUAUUUAAUUAAAACAGCAAAACGUUCGUUUUAAAGUUGUAAUGGAUUCUUGUUACAUUAAAAAAUUUUAAAAUCUGCUCAUUUUAUCCGGUGAUGUUAGACGACCAAUGACAUUCAGAAAGGAGGAGUUGGCACUUCAUUAAAGAACAUAAUUUUUAUAUUGACUGAAAAAUGGCUUGGCCAAAAGAUGUGGGCAUUUUAGCCAUCGAAGUUUAUUUCCCAUAUUUGUAUGUGGACCAGUCUGAAUUAGAGGUGUUUGACAACGUGUCAACUGGCAAAUAUACGAUUGGACUGGGGCAAGAUAAGAUGGGGUUUUGUUCUGAUAUUGAGGACAUCAACUCUCUCUGUCUAACUGUUGUUUCUAAUCUGCUGGAACAAAAUCACAUUGAUACCUCAGAAAUUGGGAGGUUAGAGGUUGGAACAGAGACCAUAAUAGACAAAUCAAAAAGUGUAAAGACGUUUUUAAUGCAAUUGUUUAAAGACAACACAGAUGUAGAGGGCAUUGACACAACGAAUGCAUGCUAUGGAGGAACUUCUGCUCUUUUCAACUGCAUCAACUGGAUUGAGUCCAGUGCCUGGGAUGGUCGAUAUGCACUUGUGGUAUGUGGAGACAUAGCAGUGUAUGCUUCAGGGAAUGCAAGACCAACAGGUGGAGCUGGAGCUGUGGCUAUGUUGAUUGGUCCUCAUGCUCCUAUCAUUUUCGAGCGAGGCAUCAGAUCAAGUCACAUGAAGCAUGCAUAUGAUUUCUACAAGCCUGAUCUCAUGUCAGAGUACCCCGUCGUUGAUGGCAAGCUGUCUGUCGAGUGCUACCUCAGUGCUCUCGAUCAGUGCUACCAGCUCUACAAGAAAAAAGUUGCUAUCACUAGCAAAGGUAUGAAAGAGUCAGCAGAAAACAGUUUGCCCCCUCCAUCUUCAGUUUCUUCAUCUUCCACUUUCACAAUUCAGUCAGCAGAUGCAUUUCUCUUUCACUCACCGUACUGCAAACUCGUCCAGAAGUCACUCGCUCGAUUGUUGUUUAAUGAUUUCUUGUCGUCAUCUUCAUCUUCCACCACCUCUCCAUCUUUCAAUCAUGAUGAUAAUGCCAGCAAGUUGUUUGCUGAUCUUGAGAGGUUUAGGAAUGUCAAUUUGAAAGAGAGUUACUUCAACAAAGAUUUAGAAACAUCUUUAAUGAAUGCCAGUCGAGACUUGUACAACAGCAAAACAAAACCGUACCUCUACUUAUCCAACCAGAUUGGUAACAUGUACACGCCAUCCUUGUACGCAGGGCUUGCUGUAUACAUUUUUAGACACAAAACAGUUGAUGAGAUGUUGGGAAAGACAAUAGUGUUGUUUUCGUAUGGUUCAGGACUGGCGUCAUCAAUGUUUUCUAUAAAAAUUUCAAAUCAAAAUACUGAGACCCUAACGAAAAUUCACAAUUCACUAAAAAGUCUUUCAACGAGGUUGGAGUCUCGAAAGAAAGUUGAACCACUAUCUUUUCAGAAGAUGAUGAAGCUGAGAGAGGAGACUCAUCAUUUGGCUCCUUAUGAACCAAUAUCCUGCACUGAUGAUCUUUUCCCUGGCACGUUCUACUUGAAGAAAAUUGAUGAAAAACAUCGAAGGACCUACGAAAGGAAGGUUCCGUAUCAUCUCAACAAUGGCACUUCAGCAUCAUCAACUGCAUCCUCGCUAUCAUGUAAUCAUGUCCAUUACAAUAACCACCAUUAAUUUUUAAAAGAUUUUCUCUUGUCAAGUUAAUUCUAAUUAUGUUCAACGAAUUUUAAGCUAAAGUGAUACAACAACGAAACAAAAAUAACUAAUAAGUUAGUUGAAAUUAUGGAUAACUGUUACAAGUCUUUCAUUUUAUAUAUAUUUGUAUCUCUCAAACUUAUUGAAUGCAUUACGUUUUGAAAAUUAAGAUGAUGGUACAUUUAUUUUUCACAUUGCUAAGCUGACUGAUGUGAAGAUUGAUCAUUUCUGUACUUGGAAGACUUUGUGAUUAGUUGUACAAAAGUAUUAGGACAUUGUUCUUGUUUCGUGUUUAGCUUAUUUUUAACCUAACUUUAUCUACAUACACUCAAUAUAUAAAUAUAUAAUAUAUAUUUUAUAUAUGUGUUUAUGCCAUAUAUAAAUGAAUAAACGUUACAUUUUCAGGCAUGCAUACAGUGAUUUAUCUGAUCAUGCGUAUAGCGUUGCUGUUUUCAUAUGCUUGGUCUGUUUUUGUCGUGAUUAGUUGAACGAUUCUGUAAAUAAUUUCAUUAUCUAAAAACUGAAAAAUAUAAAUUAGUUUUCAUCGUAUUCAAUGGAUGAGUUUUUUUUAUUAUGUAAUAAAAAUAUUUUGGUAUUAAUGCA